CUUCUUCAUGCUCUUAUUUAAUAAGAGAUAUAUAUCAACUAGUGUUUAUGGUGCAGUUCCAUUUCCUCCCAUAAAGUUCUUUCUUUUCUAUCAUUCUUCAUCACAUCUUAACCCUAGUGGCACUAGCACCAAUUAUUUCUUCUUCUUCUUCUUCUUCUUCUUCUUCUUCUUUAUUUUUAGUUUCUAAUCUACAAUUGUGUGCUCUUUGAUUUGGAUUACCACCUUGAUAUAUAUAUCAUUUUAUAUACAUCCAUAUAGAUGAUCAUCAAAGGUUUGGUAGAAGAGGAGAACGUUAACAACAUGGCAAACAUGUCAACAAGUGAUCCUCAACCAAUUACUCAAAGUGCUCCAGCUGCCAAGAAGAAGAGAAACCUCCCAGGAAAUCCAGACCCUACUGCUGAAGUGAUCGCUCUUUCACCAAAGACUCUAAUGGCGACAAACCGGUUCAUAUGUGAGAUCUGCAAUAAAGGCUUUCAGAGAGAUCAAAACCUUCAACUCCACAGAAGAGGCCACAACCUACCAUGGAAGUUAAAGCAAAGACCUAACAAAGAGGUGAAGAAGAAGGUGUAUAUAUGCCCGGAGAUCUCAUGUGUUCACCAUGAUCCUUCCCGAGCUCUUGGUGAUCUCACCGGAAUCAAGAAACACUUCAGCAGAAAACAUGGUGAGAAGAAAUGGAAGUGCGAAAAGUGCUCCAAGAAAUAUGCAGUUCAUUCAGAUUGGAAAGCUCACUCGAAGAUUUGUGGCACCAAAGAGUAUAGAUGUGAUUGUGGCACUCCUUUCUCGAGGAGAGAUAGUUUUAUAACACAUAGAGCAUUUUGUGAUGCAUUGGCUGAAGAGAGUGCAAGAUCAGGGAUUAAUAAUAAUCAUCAUCAACAACAACAACAGCAUCAACUUCUUCUUCUAUCUCAACCAGCUGCAUCUUCAUCAUCAACACUAGAGAUAACAACUAAUCAGUUUCAUGGGAUUCAAGAACUAAAUCCAUGGUCAUUAAUGAAUCAUAUAGAGAUGAUAUCUGCUUCUGCAGCUUCACCUUCUCCUUCUCCUUCUCCACACUUGUCUGCAACUGCAUUGCUACAAAAAGCAGCUCAAAUGGGUGCAACAAUGAGCAGUACUAGAACUCAAAGCCAAAUGGCAUCUCUAUCUUCUUCAUCAUCCAUUGGAGGAGGAGGAGAAAAGGUUGUAAACAAUGGAGGUGAUGGCAUGACAAGAGACUUCUUGGGAUUGAGAGCCAUCUCUAUGCACAGUGAUAUGCUCAGCUUGUCAGGGUUAGACUCAUGCAUGAACUCAUCUUAUCAGAAUGUUUGAGGAUCAUUAACUUUGGUUCAAUGGUAUGUUUGUUGUUUUUCCUUCUUUUUUAUGCUUACAAACAUGAGAGGAUUAAUUAAUUAUCUUGCUUGCCACUA